UAUGAAGUAGAGGGACGUUAAUUAGUCUUUUAUAUGUUCAUACGAGUAGCAAAACGUGUAGAGGCCCACAGUGCGUUUGUUCUUCUUAUGUUCUGCUCUCUUUAUUUAACGGAGGCCGACAGGAAAGCUGAGUAGACCUGCAAACUACCUACUGUCAGGGUAAAGCAACGCUGUUGACAGUUACAACAUACAGACGUUUACAUUAAGGGACAUUUUCUAAUGCCUAUUUGUAGCUUUAUCAGAUUCACCAUAUUACAAUAACGUGACAAUAGAAAUUAAAUUACAGUCAGUCGAUGAAUACCACCCUGGGGCUGUGUGACACAGAUGCUCCAGGAUGGAUCAGGCAAUUUUCAGCCAGAGCUCAAACCUGACAGUGCUCGAACCAGACAGUGAGGACCUCCUGCUCAGAAUAGACUUCUUCAGGAAACUGGGUUACUCCUCAGCAGAGGUGAAGGCUGCUCUGAGGAAGUUGAGCCUAAGCACAGACACCAACGCGGUGCUGGGAGAGCUUGUCCGGAGCAGGACCUGUACUGCACCCUGCCUGUCCAGUUCUGACUGCGAUGAGAAGAGCGUAGGCCAAAAGGAUCCUCUGCUGCCUUCCAGUUGGGAACUUGGACCCUGCAAAAUCACACCACAACAUACUGCACACACAGAAUUGAGGCCAAUCGUUAUCGACGGCAGCAAUGUGGCCAUGAGUCAUGGCAACAAAGAAGUGUUCUCAUGCCGAGGAAUCCAGCUGGCAUGUGACUUCUUUCUGGACAGAGGUCACAAUACUAUUACUGUGUUUGUUCCCACUUGGCGCAAAGAGCAGCCCAGACCUGAUACCCCCAUAACAGAUCAACACAUCCUGUUGGAGCUUGAAAAACAGAAAAUAGUGGUCUUCACUCCAUCACGCCGUGUUGGGGGUAAGCGAGUGGUUUGCUAUGAUGACCGCUUUAUCGUCAAGUUGGCAUAUGAGUCAGACGGCGUGAUCGUAUCCAAUGACACCUACCGUGACCUUCAAGGAGAAAGACCUGAGUGGAAGAAAUGCAUCGAGGAGAGACUCCUCAUGUACUCCUUUGUGAAUGACAAGUUCAUGCCCCCAGAUGACCCACUGGGUCGCCAUGGCCCCAGUCUAGACAACUUCCUUAGGAAAAAGCCCCUGCCUACGGAGCAAAAGAGACAGCUCUGCCCCUAUGACAAAAAGUGCACUUACGGCAUCAAAUGUAAGUUCUACCACCCAGAGCGGGCAAACCAGUCCUACCUAUCCUUGGCUGAUGAACUGCGAGAGAAAGCCCAAAUUUCCACUUUAAAAGAAGAGAGAAAUGCCACAUUACCACCCAGACAGCUUCAAGCUGAUCCUCAUGACUCUGAGUACACUAGAGACCAGCAAAGUUCUUCACAUCCCGGUCAGGUUAGUGAAAAUACACUGCUGUACUGGGAGGAUCCCAGAAAAAGUCUGAAUCAUAUGUCCCGUUCUGUAACAGGAGGCCAAUGUCAGAAAGAGUGGCCUGGGCUGCACUCGAUGCCCAGUCAUUACUAUGCCAACAUCUCUCAUGAGUACCUGGAUUCUGGCCUUGGCUCUUAUGAGAGUCACUACUCUGACUUUUCGCAUUGCCUCAGCAACUCCCAUAGGCUCAGUUCCCUGGAAAGUGGUCUCACUGGACCCAGACAUGCCUCAGUGCAUUCGGAGAAAAAUAACAACAGCCAGUCCUGCUGUUACCAUCAUCAUCAACAUCAUGGAAAACUGAACUCCAAGCGUCAACCCAAAUAUGACACCCACCCCCCUCACAUGUUCCCGCCUGGUGUGCCACACCAACACAGCCUCCCCAGCCAUCUCCAUUACAGCGGAGCCCCACAUCAUCAGCAAAAUUACUGGUCAGAUCCCUUUCUGGGGCUCCCCCAAGCCAGGACAUCAUGUGGUCUCCCGUCUUCGGUCCAUUACUCACACUCACACAACUCUUGUUGCUCUAGCAAAGGCCAUCAGUACCAUUCCUGGGGCCAACAGCAGUCAUCCUCUGCUGCAUUUGACUCACAAAGGUUGGAACUCCGCACGAAACUCCAAGCCAUCUUCAAUCCGCAUCAGGUGGAUACAGUCAUGGAAAUGUUUCCACAUCUGAUGGAUGCAGAGAAACUGGCUGCAGAGAUCCUCAACUUGAAGGCACAGAGAGAGAUUUUCUGAUGAUUCCUCUGAUGAACUUACAUGACGUGUUAACACUGUGUAAUGUGCAUUGUAGUGCAAUUUGACUUCCUAUUUAUAAGUUAUAUGUAUUUGUAUGACAUUAUAGUCAAAUGUGACCUUGUCAUCCAUAUUUUGGAUGAAAAGUGCCCCUUGACCAAAAAUAUUUAUGAUUGUGUUUCUAGAGUUGUGACUACAUAUUGUGUCAAUUGUGAUGUAUUUUAAUCUUUGUCCAAAAAUAAGUUCUCAUGCAAUACAGAAUGGCAGUACAAAGUA